ACUAAAAGCUUCAGCUGUCGCAGCAAAAUGAAGUCGCUUUUGUUUCCCAUGGUUUUUCUGUUGGCCGGACAUUAUGUAGCUGAAGUAUCUGCGCAAAUUAUCCUUGAAGUUCCUGGUUAUGGCGUUCUUAACGGUACCAACGAAACCUCGACUUACACUGAUCGCCCGUUCUACGCGUUUCGCGGUGUCUUCUACGCCGAAAAACCCACGCCUGAGAAUCGAUUUUUACCACCACUUCCGAGAAUCCCCUACCCCAUGGACGAAAUCCAGCAGGCUACCAAUAAUAACGCUGGUUGUCCUCAGCUUAAUACAACCAACGAGGAUUGUCUUUCUUUGAACAUCUUCACGCCACGAUUGCCAUCUGAAUCCGACAAGCUGCUUCCUGUCAUGGUCUGGGUCCAUGGAGGAGGUUUUUCUCUUGGCCAUGCCCUUGAAUAUCUACCAAACAGAUUCAUGGAACAUGACAUCCUUGUAGUGCCAAUUCAAUACCGCCUUGGCCCACUUGGUUUCCUCUCGUUCGACACGGAUGAUGUUCCUGGCAAUGCCGGUAUUUUUGAUCAAGUCGAAGCUUUACGUUGGGUCAACAAAUACAUCCAAUACUUCGGAGGAGAUCCUAACCAAAUCACCAUCGCAGGGGAAAGUGCUGGAAGCGCUAGUAUUACGCUCCUUCUCUUGGCACCACAAGCAAGAGGGCUCUACCAACGUGCCAUCGCCGAAAGCGGAUCUGUCCUGGCUGAAUGGGCCAUUGAUCGUGACGGAAGAGGCAAAGCAGCUUCUCUUCAAAUCGCCGAAAUGGCAGGAUGUCCAGUGGAACCUUAUCAAGAUUUACUCGAUUGUGUGCGCAAUAUCGAUCCCGCGGUACUGAACGAAGCAUACAGAGACUACGCAACGGCGGAUAUGUUGAAAGGUGGCCUGGGCUUUAGCGGUUCCAAUCCCGUCAUUCAAGUUGCCGGAGCUCAACGGAUUAUCGACUCCGACCCUUUUGAGUUAUUCAAUUCUGGCAAUUUCGCAACUGUUCCUACCAUGUUCGGUGCAAACAAACAAGAAGGCUCAGUGGUGGUAGGAUUAUUGUACUCUAGUUUCUUGGCUCCCAACAAUCUCACCGAAGACGAAGAAUAUCUGGCAAAUGAUCUGGUCCCGCAACUGCUGACUACAUUGCAUAUUGAUGAUCCUACUGGAGAAAUGGCCGUUCAGCUGACAGAAAAAUAUUUGAGUACGGCAGUGAUGGGCAACUUCACAUCAAUGACUCCCGGACUAACCGACAUGUGCGGCGUACUCUUUUUGAAAGAACCCUCGUACGAAACGACGCAACUUGUUUCCAAAUACAACGCCGAUGCGUUUUUCUAUUCCUUUGAAUACGAAGGAAGAAAUUCGAUUUACAAUUACGUUUUUGCUUCAAAUCCUCCGCCAAUUCCUUCCGGUGUGGCCCAUGCUGAUGAGCUGAUUUACUUGUAUGUUAUACCAUUCCCGUCCCUCCCACCGGGUCUCAAUAAUAGUGAGACCGAGCUUUCUAUGAAGAUGCUUCAAGUUUGGACAAAUUUUGUCACAUAUGGCAACCCGACUCCCGAUGGCGUCCCUCUUCUCGAUGGCAUUCCACAGUUUUUACGAUACAGUAGUGCCAAUGAAGCCUACACCGCCAUUGACGACGUAUGGCGAUCGGAAAUGGAUUACACACUAACUUACACCGUAACGGUUGAUGAAUUGAGCCCGCCCGUCAACAAGCGCAGAGCUUCCAGCCGACAAUCUGAACGGUCCGAAUAUGUAUUACCCAGCAAAACCAAUUAUCUUGUGUACUGAAAAUAAUUGUGUUGUCGCUUCAAAGUGGUUCACUGUGAAAUUGCAAGCGCAUACCUUUAAGCAUUUGCAAAGCAAACAAGAACAAUAAUUAAUAUAGGUUAAAUUACAAUUGG